CAAAUUACGCUCGAGGGUUGUCUAGCCUUGCGCUAAGCGGGCAAAAAGCCUGUUCUUUUUAUAGGCCGUCGAUUCGAUGGUCGGGGGGGCGGCGGGUCUCUCCACUACACCAUCUUCCCUACUUUACUUUCUUCGUGCUGGCGUGCAGAGUUUGACGACCUCUUUUCCCCCCCCCCCACACGAUUUUCUGGAAGGGGACACCCGGCACGUCGUCUGAGUUUGUUGUAUAGGUAUUUUCAUUUUUUUCUAGGUCGUUGGUGGUUUUUCGUCAAACUUUUUGUCCUUUUUUUCUGUGAUUAUUACGAGUGUCAAAAUGAGUGACGCCGAGGAUGUCACCUUCGAAACCGCGGACGCCGGGGCGUCCCACACAUAUCCCAUGCAGGCGGGAGCGAUCAAGAAGAACGGUUUCGUCAUGCUGAAGGGUAACCCCUGCAAAGUUGUCGAUUAUUCCACCUCCAAAACCGGAAAGCAUGGUCACGCCAAGGCGCACAUUGUCGGUUUGGAUAUCUUCACCGGCAAGAAAUACGAAGAUGUUUGCCCGACUUCUCACAACAUGGAGGUACCGAAUGUGAAGAGAUCUGAGUUCCAGUUGAUUGACUUGUCCGAUGAUGGCUUCUGCACGCUGCUUCUGGAGAACGGCGAAACGAAGGACGAUUUGAUGCUGCCCAAGGACUCCGAAGGAAACUUGGACGAAGUCGCCACGCAGGUCAAGAACCUCUUCACGGACGGCAAGUCGGUUCUUGUGACUGUUCUGCAAGCAUGCGGCAAAGAAAAAAUCAUCGCCUCAAAGGAGCUGUAAACGCCCUCCACCAUUUCGUCAUCUAAAUAUGUUACUCCUUGUCUCCUAGAGAAGGAAACACCCAGGGAAUGGGUCAAAAGAACAACUUGUCGGAAACGGUUGUUGCAUUAUUCCGAUAUCGUCUCCCUAGGCAUUCUUCCGGUAUCGUCUCCCUAGACAUUUUCCCGGUAGCGUCUCCCAAGGCGUAAGGAUGCUACAAACUGCGAUGCAGGGGCGUACAGGCAUUUGGAUAUGUGUGCGUCGCGGAGACAGUGUUGGUUUCUCGACGCUCGCCCCGGUGACGGAAAAGUGGUUUCAGCUCAAGUGUUCUGCGACGGUCGGGGUGUCGCCUCGAACAAGACUGUACGGGUUCUCUCGCCCACCUCGUAUAAACGUUCUCCCUUGUAUGGCAUCGAUUCUUGAUGUUCCUAGCAAAGCCGGCUGCACGGGGAUGGAUGAAAUUGUCCCUGGCGGGAAACGUUGGUCUUCCUCACGAGCUGUCGUGCACCACAGUGAUUACUAACGCCACACACAGCACGGCAAGUAGGUUUUCGUUGACAGCUCUGGUAGUUGUUCCCAUCACAGGGUCACUGCCGCCGACUCGAUGACUCACCCUGGGUACUUUGCGGGGUCAAACCUGUAGCUCCACUGCUGCAGACUAAAAAGCACACUCCAGCUGCAGUCCCGGACAAUCAGGUUCAUACGUCCACUGUUGUAUACAUCAGUAUCCCAACUCGGGAGCGCUGGAAGACGCUCCACUUUGCAUACUUGCUGACAAAGGCAGCACAAGAUCCCUCGGUUGAAACGGACAACCCUGGCAAUUUUUACAACGCAGUGUUUUGCAUUAGGCUGUCUGGUCUCGAUGGGUGAUGUCGGGGCGGUCACAGUGGUGCUAAGAGAACUGCUCGAGGCUCGGAAACACCGUCCACGUGAGUACGACAAAACGU